CAGUUAUGGUUACUCUGAACGGGGGGGAGGUAGCUUGCCCAAAAGAGUACACAGUGACGUGGUCUUGAUGGGCCUUGUCAAGCUGCAGCAGAGACUACCCUCCCGAUGCAGUUCGAAUCCGUCUGAAGGGAGACACCUAUGUACUCUGCUAAUAUCGAGGUCAUGUGGGGGCUUGGCGCUUCUUUCCAAAUCGGCCACGCUCCAGGUGCCGCGGCGACAGUUUACUUCAUCACAACCCCCUCCCCCGUGUCUUAUAAUUGCCUCCAGCGAGUUGUCGAGUUGAUCGAUCGUUUUGGCCUCAAUCUCACCCACAGCUGUGUCGCAGCAAGAUCACUCCAGCAAUGUCUUCACUUCAGAAGUGGACGAUAUCCGAGCCGUACAUCUCAGUUUCCGGGUCUUUACUUGAAGGACCGUUUUACGACAAGAGUAGGAAUGAAUUCCGCUUCGUUGACAUCUGGGAACAAAAGUUGUACUCUUUUGACCUUACGAAAGGCCCCACGUCUUUGAAGACCGUUGAUACAUCAGAAUCCAUCGGGGUGACCGCAAAUAUAGCGAAUGCAAGCGAGGCCCAAAAGGAUCAAAUAGUUGCAGCCGCUAAAUACGGAUUUGCUUUCGUAAACCGCAAUACAGGCGAGCUAUCAUACAUCGCACGUCCUUGGGAUAACCCAGACAAGCUUCACAAAAUGCGCUUCAAUGACGGAGCGGUGGAUAGCAGAGGCCGCCUUUGGGCUGGGGCAAUGAACGACCCCAAGGUUCAAAGCCCGGUCAAUGAAGGCGUCCUUUUUCGGCUGGACCCAGACCUGAAAUUGAACAGCAUGAUUGAGGAAUUGACGAUACCGAAUGGCAUUGGGUGGAAUGAUACCAACGAUACUAUGUAUUUGACAGACUCUCCAACUGGUAGGAUUUUUGCUUUCGACUUUGACGAGAACACCGGGGAAAUCAGUAACAGAAGAGUCCAUUUCGACAUUGGGGAGCCGAAGGAGCCUGACGGUUUUGCUAUCGAUGUUGAAGGAUGUAUUUGGAGUGCUAUCUACGGUGGUGGCAAGAUUAUCCGCAUUUCUCCUGAAGGGAAAGUCAUCGGCGAAAUAUUGCUUCCCACACGAAACAUUACCUGUCCAGCGUUCGUGGGCACGGAGCUCUUCAUCACAACCGCCAAGGACGAUACCAACGAUGACCAGUUUCCAGAGUCGAUUCGCUAUGGAGGGCAUCUCUAUAGGGUUGAUGUGGCAGUCCAGGGCCAGCCGAGACACGAGUUUCGCAUCAAUCCAUGACCUCUUGAGGAUGAGCGAGAGCGAAGACUUGAUAGAUUUUGGCGACCGGGAACGUCACCAAACAAACAUUGCCAUCUGAUAGACUUUAGACGUGAAACUCAUGACAUAACACU